GCACUACACCGGAGAGGGGGAGCCGCGGAGCCAGCGCGCCGCCGUGCACCGCCGCCGCGCCCGCCCCAGCCCGGCCCGGCCCCGCGGCGGCGCGAUGAGCCCGAGCCCGAGCCGGCCCGCCGGGGAGUGAGCGCGGCGCGGAGGGCGCGUUGCGCAGCUGCUCCUGCGCACAACCCGGCCGGCGGCCCGCACCGGCAGGAGUGAGCGGCCGGUCCGCGCUGCGCCCGGCGCCGGAGCCGAGCGGAGCAGGAAGCGCAGGCCACGCAGGGACCCAACUGAAACAAAGUGUCGGCCGCCGGCGGCGCGGCGCCUCGCCCGCCCUGCCCCCGCGCCCCCCGCCCCGCCGCCCACCAUGGCCUCCGAGGAGCUGUACGAGGUUGAAAGGAUCGUGGACAAGAGGAAGAACAAGAAAGGGAAGACGGAGUACCUGGUCCGGUGGAAAGGCUACGACAGCGAGGACGACACGUGGGAGCCGGAGCAGCACCUGGUGAACUGCGAGGAGUACAUCCACGACUUCAACAGGCGCCACCCCGAGAAGCAGAAGGAGGGCGCGCUCGCCAGGCCCAGCCGGGGCUCCCCCAACAAUGCCCGCAAGCAGAUCUCCAGGUCCACCCACAGCAGCUUUGCCAAGGCCUCGCCCAAGUCCCUGGUGAUCGGCAAAGACCCCGAGGCCAAAGCCAGCCCGCUCUUCACCGCCAGCCAGAAGUUCAGGAAGAACCCGGCCCCGAGCCUCUCGCAGCGGAAGAACAUGGACCUGGCCAAGUCCGGCAUCAAGAUCCUCGUGCCCAAGAGCCCCAUCAGGAGCAGGACCGCGGUGGACGGCUUUCCGAGCGAGAGCCCCGAGAAACUGGACCCCGUCGAGCAGGGCCAGGAGGACACAGUGGCGCCGGAGGUGGCGGCCGAGAAGCCCGUGGGAGCUUUGCUGGGCCCCGGCGCCGAGCGGGCCCGGAUGGGGAGCCGGCCCCGGAUACACCCGCUCGUGCCGCCGGCGGCCGGUCCCGUGACCGCGGCCAUGGCCACGGGGCUCGCCGUGAACGGGAAAGGUACCUCUCCGUUCAUGGACGUGCUGACGGCCAAUGGGCCAACCAGCCUACAGCCGUCGGUCACAGGCGUGACAGCCGGGAAGAGGAAGUUCAUUGACGACAGACGAGACCAGCCUUUCGACAAGCGGCUGCGCUUCAGCGUGAGGCAGACGGAGAGCGCCUACAGGUACCGGGACAUCGUCGUCCGGAAGCAGGACGGCUUCACCCACAUCCUGCUGUCCACCAAGUCGUCGGAGAACAACUCACUCAACCCGGAGGUGAUGAAGGAGGUGCAGAGUGCCCUGAGCACGGCGGCGGCCGACGACAGCAAGCUGGUGCUGCUCAGCGCCGUGGGCAGCGUCUUCUGCUGCGGCCUCGACUUCAUCUACUUCAUCCGGCGGCUGACCGACGACAGGAAGAGAGAGAGCACGAAGAUGGCCGAGGCCAUCAGGGAGAAGAUUCCGUUCCAUCUUCUCCGGCCUGUUGAAAUGCAAGCUUUGGUUGUCACUGCCUGGUGUAGAAGCAGAGUGCUUGUUUCAUUUACACAAACACACAACAUGAGAAGGACCCCUGCCUGCUCCGUGAAAAACUUCGUGAAUACUUUCAUUCAGUUUAAGAAGCCUAUUAUUGUAGCUGUAAACGGCCCAGCCAUUGGACUCGGAGCGUCCAUACUGCCUCUGUGCGACGUGGUCUGGGCCAACGAAAAGGCCUGGUUUCAGACACCCUACACAACCUUCGGACAGAGUCCAGACGGCUGUUCCACCGUCAUGUUCCCCAAGAUCAUGGGGGGCGCGUCUGCCAAUGAAAUGCUGCUCAGCGGGCGGAAGCUGACGGCGCAGGAGGCCUGCGGCAAAGGCCUGGUCUCGCAGGUGUUCUGGCCCGGGACCUUCACGCAGGAGGUCAUGGUCCGCAUCAAGGAGCUCGCGUCCUGCAACCCGGUUGUGCUGGAGGAGUCCAAGGCGCUGGUGCGCUGCAGCAUGAAGCCCGAGCUGGAGCAGGCCAACGAGCGGGAGUGCGAGGUGCUGCGGAAGAUCUGGGGCUCGGCCCAGGGCAUGGACUCCAUGCUCAAGUACCUGCAGCGGAAGAUCGACGAGUUCUGAGCCGGCCGCCGGCGCCGCGGGGCUCGCACGGGACGGCGGGGCUCCAGGGGGCCCGCGCCCCCUCCGGCCUGAGCCAGGCUCGCUCUGUAGCUCGCGCUUGGAGGCAGGACUUGAGACAGCCCAGCUGUUUAUGACCAAGGAGUUUUAAGUACUGUAACUUGACAAUAAAUAACUACAACGCUCCUUCGGCCAAACGUCCUUAUUUUGUACUUAGCAAGGACCCCAAGUAUCAAAGUGUCAGGGGGGCUCCGGGCGGCUCCUGGAGGCGCUGACGUUUGUUUUCUUCGGCUACUUCUGUAUUCGAGAGAAGCGCGUCCUCCUGGUUUGGGUGGCAGAAAAGUCUGGAAUGAUGUUUGUUUUCCUUACUUUUUCUUUCUAGAAACAGCAUCUAAAGAGGUGUUAGCCAGCCUCGCCUCCCCUGCCCCAGACCAAAACCCAGAAAGAUCUGAGGCGUGCCCUUGUCUCCAAGAAGGUACAAAGCCUCAGAGCUGGAAAAUCCUAAAUCCAAAGGAAGGCUUAUCUUGGAGAAGUAUUUCUGAGGAGACGCCCACUGAACAUAACCCCAGACAAAAUAAAACACACUUAGGAUUCAUGCUGAGACAUCAAUUGACGGACGCUUCCUUUGUUAAAAUCUGCCCGCUUCUUACCCAGUCACCAUGAAGAAACCACUCUCCGGGGAAAGCUUGUUUGGCAGUAUUAGUGAAUCACUGGAUAGCCUGAGUAUGGUAUCAUAAGUUGUAAGUUAAUCCUAGUGGGUUUCUAAUUUGUUUUUCUGACCCUUUUGUAAAAUACUACAUAAGUGCUUCUUGUGGCUGGGUGAGAAAUUCUACUUUAUAUGCAGUUUUGGUUUUCUAUUUGCAGAUACGAUUGAUGUACUACACCAAAAAAAAAAAAAGGUAUUUUUAUGUUUAUAAAAUGUAAUUUUUAGGUUCACUUAGAAUAUAUUUUAUUUAAUAAGUUAAAAUUCUCUCGGCACACUAUUAAAUGCAGAAACUCCUUUUUCAGAGAAAGAACUACCUUCUAUUCGAUGUUUAAGGUUCUUGGUCUCUACUUUCAUGUCCACACAACACACCAAGUCCAGGCUACUGUCCAGCAGUGCCCUGUGUACAUCAUGUCCCCAUUCCUGCCGGGAGUGGGGGCUGAUUCCUGAUUCCAGACGCCUGGCCCGGGCUAGGCUUCUGAGCUUGCAAUCAUAUUGAAUGUAUGACAAGUGAAAUAAAAUCAAAACCUUAUUUUUGUACAGUUUUGAAGUUUAUACUUAGAACCGACCACCUCCCGGCCUCGUGGAGAGCUGUACAGUGUGUAAAUCUGCCUUUACCUUGGACUGGUUGGUGCAGUAUUUUUGCAUCUGUGGGACCUACUUUUUCGUUCCGUAGUUUGAACUAUAUAUAAACUGUACAAUCUGUAAAGUUUUUAUAGAAUAAAUAUUCAGCUGUGAAAACUGGUUAAAUAAAACUAAUAUUUCUUAACACA